CUAAAAAAUUCUUCUAAUGAGUGCAUCUAUAGAUCUAGAGUGCAUUAUAGAAGUAUCUUAUAUCUUUUAUUAAUUAAAUAUUUUUAUUUUUAUUUAUUUUUAUUUUUUAUUUUUUGAGAGGGUUCAUUUGUAGUACGGAUUUCUUCUUCUUCUUCAACACUUCAGAUCUCACUCUCUGCAAAUAAAAAUCCAAUCUUUCUUCUUCUUCUUCGCCCUAAUUUUCCAAAUUCAACUCUGAAUAAAAACCCCAACUUUCCUUACUCUCUACUUUCUCUCCCCAAUACCCAUUUCCCUCUCCACAAUCCCAAUCUCAAGAUUCAAUCUUUUUCCCCUCUCUUGAUCCAUUUCAAUGGCUUCUCCUGGCAAUCCAAAUCCCCAAUCUCAAUCUCAACCCCAACAACAGACCUUCGAUAUGCAAUCUUUCUUUAAACCCACAACAACAACAACAACAACAACAAACCCAAAUUCUCAAAACCCUAAUAAUAAUUCUUCUUCUUCAACAACCCAUUUCCCAAUUCCACCACCAUCUUCAUACCCACCACCUUCUUCUUCCUCCUCCGCCGCCAAUUUCUCUUACCCACCUCAAACGUCGCCGUUUCACCACCAUCAAUUUCAGUACCACCAUCCCCAACUCCAUCAUCAUCAUCUUCCUCCUCCUCAACACCAACAAAUCCCAUACUCUCUUGAACAACAAGCUCAUCAAAUUCAUCAGCAGAGAUCUCUCUCUUACCCUACUCCUCCUCUUCAACCAUCUCCUUCUCCUCCUCCUCCCAAUUCAGGUGCACGAAUCAUGGCUCUCCUCAGUGCUUCUCCUCCUCCUCCUCCUCCUUCUUCCAACUCUUCUUCUUCUUCUUCGCCAAUCAUUGAAUUGCCGCCUAUGAUUCCAAUGGGAAUUAACCCAACUGGGCCUAUUCGAAUGCCCAGCAGUAAGCUUCCAAAGGGUAGACAUUUGAAUGGGGAUCAUGUUGUUUAUGAUGUGGAUGUUAGGCUUCAAGGUGAAGCUCAACCACAGCUUGAAGUUAGUCCAAUUACUAAGUAUGGUUCGGAUCCUCAACUCGUUUUGGGUAGACAAAUUGCGGUUAACAAAUCAUAUAUUUGUUAUGGAUUGAAGCAAGGGAAUAUUCGUACUCUUAAUAUUCACACUGCAAUAAGAUCUUUGUUUCGUGGUCACACUCAGAGGGUCACAGACAUGGCUUUUUUUGCUGAGGAUGUCCACCUUCUUGCUAGUGUGAGUGUGGAAGGACGGCUGUGUGUAUGGAAAAUAUCGGAAGGUCCAGGAGGUGAAGAAGGUAAACAACCAGAGAUCACAGGGAAGAUUGUCAUCGCUGUUCAAAUAACUGGCGAGGGGGAAGCUUCACAUCCCAGAAUUUGCUGGCACUGCCACAAACAAGAAAUGUUGGUAGUUGGGUUUGGAAAACGUGUUCUGAGAUUUGAUACUACAAAAGUUGGGAAAGGCAAAGUCUUUUCGGCUGAAGAACCUAUCAAGUGUCCAGUAGAGAAGCUGGUUGAUGGUGUUCAGUUUGUUGGUAAGCACGAUGGAGAAAUAACAGAUUUGUCAAUGUGCCAAUGGAUGGCCACUCGUUUGGUUUCUGCUUCAGUGGAUGGAACGAUAAAGAUUUGGGAAGAUAGAAAAGCGCAACCGCUUGCGGUCUUGAGACCCCACGAUGGCCACCCGGUUAAUUCAGCUACUUUCUUAACAGCUCCCCACAGGCCAGAACACAUUAUACUUAUCACAGCUGGUCCUUUAAAUCGAGAAGUGAAGAUUUGGGCAUCGGCUAGUGAAGAAGGUUGGUUGUUGCCAAGUGAGUCGGAAUCAUGGAAAUGUACUCAGACAUUGGAACUUAAGAGUUCAACCGAACCUAGGGUAGAGGAUGCAUUCUUUAACCAAGUUGUAGCAUUGCCACAAGCAGGGCUUCUCUUACUUGCAAAUGCUAAGAAAAAUGCUAUAUAUGCCGUACACCUAGAAUAUGGUCCUAACCCGGUGGCUACACGAAUGGAUUAUAUAGCAGAAUUUACUGUGACUAUGCCGAUUUUGAGUUUUACUGGGGCAAGUAUAUCACCCCAUGGAGAACAUAUUCUUCAGGUUUUUUGUGUCCAAACACAGGCUAUUCAGCAAUAUGCUUUGGAUUUAUCGCAGUGCUUGCCUCCACCAAUCGAGAAUUCAGCACUAGAUCGGUCUGAGUCCAAUGUUUCACGUGAUAGGGCUACUGUUGAAGGAUUCCCUGAAAUCUCACCACUGAAGCCAACUGCACAAGCGAGCAACUCUGAAAGUGCCAUGAGGUAUCCUGUUGGCUCUUCUAUCGAGGCAACAUCUUCUAAAGAAAUUAUGACUCGGAGUACAGAGGUGAAAUCUGUUGCGUUAACACCAACAGCAAGUGAUGCUGACAUUGUUUGUGCUCCAUCACCGCCUCUUCCUUUGAGUCCAAGGCUGUCGGGGAAACUAUCCGGUUUUAGAACUCCAUUAGAUACCUUUGAGUCAGGUACUUCGUUUAGUGAUCAUGCUUCUGGAGAACAAGCAAAUAAUGAUUAUCCUGUGGAUGAUGAUUCUAGGAAUGGUGAGAAGAAACUUUCACAAGAUGAUUUCUCGAGUGUCGUUAAUAGUACCAGCUCCGGCAUGUACAAACACCCAACUCAUCUCAUUACUCCUUCUGAGAUUUUAAUGGCAGCUUCAUCUGAGAGUACUAAAUCCGUUGAAUGCAAGGCUGGAGGUGAGGCAAACACCCAGGAUGUGCUUGUCAAUGGCGAUGCAGAUAAUACCGAGUUGGAAGUUAAAACUGUGGGUGAAUCAAGAUCUAAUCAAAAUGAUGAUUUCAGAGUUCAGGAAGAAUCUACAAAGGUUUCGGAGAACAAAGAAAAAUAUUUUUGUUCUCAGGCAUCAGAUCUUGGUAUCGAGAUGGCCCGAGAACGUGCAAUAUCAAAUGUCAAUGAAGCUUGUAGUACAGAUGAAGCUCGGCAAGUUGAUGAUGCAAGCAGUACAGAGGCACAGGUGCAACCUACUCAUGCCAGCGAGGAAGAUCAAGACUCUACAAGAGACACAUCUGCAAAGGCUUCCGAAUCAUGUUCUUCUACUGCAGCUAAUCCUAUGCAGACACCGAAUACAAAAUCGAAAAAGAAGGCAAAAAACUCUCAAGCAUCUGGUUCUUCUUCUCCAUAUCCAGGUGUGCUCAAUUCAGUGGAUUCUAGCAAUGAACCUGGUGGGAGUUCGAGUUUGGAAGCUGCGUUUCCUCAAAUUGUAGCCAUGCAGGAGAUGCUUAAUCAGCUAAUGACCAUGCAGAAAGACAUGCAGAAGCAUAUGUCGAUGAUGGUUGCAGUUCCAGUAACAAAGGAGGGAAGAAGACUGGAGGCUGCUAUUGGACGAAGCAUGGAGAAGGCUGUUAAGGCCAGUAAUGAUGCUUUAUGGGCUCGUUUUCAAGAAGAGAGUGCGAAAAAUGAUAAGAUAUAUCGGGAUCGAACUCAACAAAUUGUUAGUUUGAUUAGUAACUUAAUGGGCAAGGACUUACCAGCCUUGUUAGAUAAGACACUGAAGAAAGAAAUUUCAGCAGUUGGACCUGCUGUAAUUCGAGCAAUUACUCCGGCUAUUGAGAAAACGAUAUCUUCAGUUAUUGCAGAAUCUUUUCAGAGAGGAGUAGGUGACAAGGCAGUAAAUCAGUUGGAGAAAUCAGUCAACUCAAAACUCGAAGCUACAGUUGCUAGACAAAUCCAAGCACAAUUUCAAACUACCGGUAAACAAGCUCUUCAGGAGGCAUUGAAAUCUAGCUUUGACUCUUCGGUGAUCCCUGCGUUUGAGAUGUCAUGCAAAGCCAUGUUUGAACAAGUAGAUGCUACAUUUCAAAAGGGAAUGGCUGAACAUUCUAAUGCAACUCAGCAGCACUUUGAGAGUUCACACUCUCCGUUGGCGCUUACUUUAAGGGAUGCUAUGAAUGCAGCGUCAUCGGUAACUCAAACAUUAAGUGGAGAGUUGGCUGAUGGUCAACGGAAGCUGAUAGCUCUUGCUGCUGCCGGAGCAAAAGCAGGUGGAGUAAAUCCCUUGGUGACCCAACUAAGUAACGGUCCUUUGGGUGGUCUCCAUGAGAAGAUUGAGGUUCCCUUGGAUCCAACGAAGGAACUGUCAAGAUUGAUUUCCGAACAGAAGUAUGAGGAGGCCUUCACUGGAGCUCUACAAAGAACCGACUUGACGAUUGUAUCAUGGUUGUGUUCUCAGGUUGAUCUUCGGGGUCUAUUGUCAAUGUCACCACUUCCACUGAGCCAAGGAGUGUUGCUUUCGCUGUUGCAACAGUUAGCGUGCGAUAUCAACAAAGAAACAACCCGAAAGCUAGGAUGGAUGACUGACGUUGCAGCAGCCAUAAACCCUACAGACCCGAUGAUCGCAAUGCACGUAAGACCAAUCUUCGAGCAAGUGUAUCAGAUACUGCACCAUCAACGCAACUUGCCUACAAUCAACGGUGCUGAGAUAACCAGUAUCAGACUCCUCAUGCACGUCAUAAACUCCAUGCUAAUGACAUGUAAAUGAGGCACAUUAUUUCGUUCUUCUCCUUUUUCGUGUUGUAGAAGUACCCACCACCACCACCGCCACCAUCACCACCACUCCACUUGUGCAAAGAGUACAUUUACUACCAAUUCGACUUUUUUUUCUUUCUUUGUUCUUCUGUACAAAAUUGUCCAAGUGAUUUCCAAAGCUUAAAGGGUCUCUUUCUUUUUCUCUCUUACCACCACCUUGUAGAGUCAAUCGUUAAAUCUUUUGUAUCUGCUAAAAUAGAUUGUUGGAAAUUUUGGUUGAUUUUUGUUCUCUUUUAUCAUUCUUAAUCUCUUCAAUUGAUUAUCAUUUCUUCCUUUUGGUUUCGUACCAUUUAUUUUUAUCCGAUUUGAAAAAAAUCUAAACUCAGUGACCAUGAUUGGAUCACUUAUUUUGAAAAUGGUAAAUUUAAUUUGUAUUUUUUAAAAUAGUAAAAAAUUAUACUUAUUAAGAGAAUUGCUAAAAGUGGUAUCUAACACUCUUAUAUAACUUCAAAAAAUAAUACUAAUAAAAAGUGCGAGUAAUACUAAUACCCAAUAACAAAAAAUUCAAUUUAUUGUAUUCAAUGGUAAACGAGUCCAAAUUUGUGUUUACCCAUUACAAAACCCCACUUUCAUAACAGUUGUCCUCACUUAAAAACCAAGAAAAGUGCAAAUGAAAAAAAUGACAAAAACAAUAAAAGGCCAAAAGAACAAGAGACACCAAACUUACACAAUCCCAUCACCACUUAACAAAAUUGAAACACAAAGCUCAACAAAAAGAAGAUGAAGAUGAAAAAAAAGUACCAUUCAUUCAAAGUUCCAAACUUUUCUGUAAAUUGAAUAAUAAUAUAAUAACAAAUAAUAAAAAAAAAUAAAAAAUUGAACAAUAACAGCAAUGAAGAAGUAGAAUCAGUAUAUACAUAAAAUUUCUCACAAUGCCAUUCUCAAAAAUAGCAUUUUUUUUACAAGGUUCCAUUUUUUGAGGGGUUAAAGUAAAAAAGAAAAAUUGAAUUAAAGGCCAAAACUUUAAAAAAAUUACACAUUAGCCCAAAUUGAAGAAGAAGAAGAAGACUGUUUGAUUUCUACCAACACUGAUCAGUUUCCCAUCUCCGAGUUGAACUCGUAAACCCAUACGAAGAAGAAGAAGAAGACAACGGUGAUCUCUGAAAAUGGUUACCCAAAGACAAAUCAUACAUAGCCCUAGCCGAAGGAUCAGAAAGCGUAGCAUAAGCGUUAUGAAUUUCGAUGAAAUCAAGCCCAUCAGAGAUCGAAUCAUCUUCGUCUUCAGCAACAUCUGGAUGAUAUAGCUUGGCUAGAUUCCGGUAAGCCAUUUUGAUUUCAGUCUGAGAAGCGUUAUGCUUUACUCUGAGGACGUCGUAGAAGCUUCCGGUAAUGGUGGAUUUAACUCUGGGUCUUUCCGUUACCGUGAAAGCCUUGACGGCGGAGCUUCGUCUGCUUCGAUUGGAGGAGGAAGAAGACGACGGAGAUGAUGGGAAUUUUAGGAAAGGGGCGGAAUUGAGUCGAUUUUCCGGUGAGAGAAAGAGGGUUGGGAGAACUAGGGUUAGGGUUUGGGACAUAAUUGGGGAUUUUGGGGGAGAAUUGAGAAGUGGGGUUUUUUUGUAUAU